AUGGGAAUACCCCCUUCCGAGUUAACAGCUGAAAUUUCAGUAAUACCCACUUCCGAGGAAAAGUACAUUAGUUUCACAAAGUACGUUCCCUUUAAAGAAACCAACCGUGGAGUACUAAGACUUCGUUUCCUGGUUAGUUUGAGAUUCCUCCCAUCUAGUUUAUCAAAGUUGGCUGAAUCCCUUCCUAAAGAUUGCCUUAAUGAGACCAGGAAACGGUUCCCUGUAGAUGAACAGUUCGAGCUGUUAACUCGGAAGGGGGUAUUCCCAUAUGAGUAUGUCUCUUCCCUUUCAAAAUUAGAUGAAACCAAACUCCCCGAAAAAGUCAAGUUCUACAGUAAAAUGUCCCUCGAGCACAUCUCAGACGAAGAGUACAGCCACGCUGAGAAGGUGUGGCGUACCUUCAAUGUAAAAGACCUCGGACACUAUAGUGAUAUUAAUCUCCUCACUGAUGUUCUGUUGCUCGCAGACAUCUUUGAGAAUUUCCGGCAGACUUGUCUGCAGACCCACCAGCUUGACCCUGCCCACUACAUCACAUUACCUAGUUUCAGUUGGGAUGCAAUGUUAUUCAAAACUAAUGUAAAACUAGAGACAGUUCAGGAUCACGAUAUGUACCUCUUCUUUGAAAACAGCAUCAGGGGAGGGAUAUCACAGGUUUGUAAGCGAAGGUCUAAAGCCAACAACAAACACUGUGAUGGUUACAAUCCGUCCCUACCGUCUAAAUACAUCACGUAUGUAGACGCUAAUAACCUAUACGGUUGGGCCAUGUCACAAUAUCUACCCACUGGAGGCUUCAGUUGGCUCAAUCAAGAGCAAAUCGAUAGCCUAGAAGUGGAGUCUUUGCCCGAUGAUGCUGACGUAGGCUACAUCUUUGAGGUUGAUGUUGAAUACCCUGAAUCCCUCCAUGGACCCCACAGAUGUCUCCCCUUCCUUUGUGAGAGAAAAGUCCCUCCAGGUGGAAAGAUGUCCAAAUUACUUACCACUUUAGAACCUAAAAGUAACUACAUUGUACAUUACCGUAUUCUGAAACAGGCACUAAAACAUGGUUUAAAACUAACCAAAGUUCACAGAGCCCUUCAGUUCAAUCAGUCUCCAUGGUUGAAACCGUACAUUGAGCUCAACACGAACCUACGUAAGCAGGCCAAGAACGAUUUUGAAAAAGAUCUUUUUAAAUUGUUUAACAAUUCUGUUUUUGGAAAAACGAUGGAAAAUUACCGUAAACGUAUGAACUUCAAACUUGUGUCUGACAACAGAAAGCUGGAAAAAUGCAUUGCUAAGCCCAACUUUCUGUACAGCACAAUAUUUACUGAAUCAUUGGCUGGUCUCCAUUUGGCUAAAACAAGCAUCGUUCUUGAGAAGCCUCUUUAUGUAGGUUCCUCCAUAUUAGAUAUUAGUAAGGAGCUUAUGUACUGGUUCUUCUAUGAUGUGCUAGUAAACGAGUUCGGUGCGGAGAACGUGAACUUGUUGUACAUGGAUACAGACAGUUUUAUCCUUGAACUGUACACUGCAGACAUGUACGAAAAGUUCCGAUCGAUGAUGCAACAUCUCGAUACCAGCACCCUCAACAAAGACAACCCAGCUUACAGUCCUACGAACGCCAAGGUGUUAGGAAAAAUGAAAGAUGAGAUGAACGGUGAGUUCAUUCUUGAAUUCCUUGGCGUUAGAACUAAAGUUUAUUGCAUUGUUCCCCAGGACUCAAAAAAUAAAGAUAUAAAUAAAAUGUAA